AUGGCUCCGAAACGGAAACGAAAACCACAGAGAGAUAAGACCAAUCGAGAUCUCAAUAGAGAAACUCUGUUCCGCGAAAUUAAUCGCAGCGGUUUCGGCACGGAACGCUAUCUUCCUUUUUCCAGAGAAAUGGUUGCACGUGUAAAAAUGCCAGACAUCGAGAGGAAGGUCGAAAUGGCUUGGCAGACUUUGGAACAUGCCAUCGAUCUCAAGGACUACCGCAUCAGUUUGCUAUUGGACAGUUUGCAAGAGGCCCAAGAGCAACGUCGAAGUGCGAACAAUGCCCACGUAGAGAUAAUCGAUCGAACGCUACUGGCGCAUCAAGCACGGCUGCAACGCAUCGAUACGCUCUUUUAUGGAAACCUCGAGACCACGUUAGCCCACAAAGUUCGUCGACUGAAAGAUAUCAACGAUUGCCAGAACGAAGAAGAAAUUGCUUUACGAAAAAUCAACUUGCUCGUAAAUUAUCGUGGUGUAAAUGCCUCGAGCGUCGCAAGAAGUACCGCGAUCAGUAAAAUCGACGCUUUUAUGGAAGACGGAAAAAAUGAAACAAGGAUUAUUACCACGCAACUGCAGAACAAACUCGAAAAUCUUUGGAACCAUUUGCGAAACAUUUUCUCUGAUUAUCUACAAAGAACCCAAGAUCGACGAAAGGCCUACGAAACGAUUAAGAAGAAGGACGAGGUCGAUUUGCAAACGAUAACUCGACAAUACCUGCGUACCGCCACUCUUCUCGAGGAAACUGCCAAAUUUCGAGAAACAAUUCAUUCUUACAGGAUCGAAUCUGCGAUCCGUAUACGGGAAAUCACGCAACAAGCAAAUUCCUUUCAUAACAUCUACCGAGAAACGAACCAACGCUUCGCAUCCGGGUGCAAAAUAGAUAAGCAUCGAAUAACGAGCAUGUCUAAAGAAUACAGUCGUACCGUAGAAAACUUAAAAGGGUGGACGAUGAAAGCUCAACGUAUACUCGCUUUAGUGAAAAUAUCCCGAAAAUACGAGACGCAAGAUGAAAAAAUACUUCCAACGAUCGACUGUCAUCCUGCGCUGCAAUUACCUACCACAGAAAUCGACGUUCCUUUACUCGAAAUGGCAACCAAGGACUUUCAAAAUUCAAUUAACUUUUGGCGUCGACUGGGCUUUGCACAACUAAUCGCCAGAGAAUUACGUAUCGAGAAAGAUCGUUUGUCGAUGCACGCAAACGGUUUACAAAAGUUGGCAAAACGUUGCCUUAUCAUCGACCAACCGAGUCCUCCCCCACUAUGUCGUCAUAUCUUCAUAGAUUAA